CACUGUUGGUGCCUGGUUCACGGGAGUUGGGACAUGGUAGAAGGCCGGCCAUGUUUGGAAACCUUGGUAAGCAAGUUGCCAGACAUCUUGGAGCACUUCCAGAUUGCAGGUGGCCCCUUCCGAUGGGCUGAACUCGAUUCCUUUGACGAUCGCAACCUGCGGGUGACCUUGGAGGGUGGGACCUAUGUGGUGAAGGCUCACAACGGACUAUUGCCCAGUGGUUCGCUGGAACGCCUACAAGCACAGGAUCAAUUGAUCACACGCCUGCGCGAGCAGGGGUUGCCUGUGCCGGACGUGCUGCGAAGCUGGGAGAAUUGCUCGACCUUUCAGUUGGAGGCUCCGCUCAGUCGCGGUCUCUGCUUGGUGCGCGUGCUGAGUUACCUGGAAGGUGUGACCAUCAAGAAUGACACCCCGAAGAGCCCACAGUUCCUCCGUGCUUUGGGCGCCCUCUGUGGGCGUACACAACUGGCACUUGAUGGCUUUGACGCUGAAGGAUUUCAUUGGACCUGGGAUUGGGACAUGAAGUGCGUGCCACAAGUUGUCAGGAGUAAACUGCACCACCUCACUUCUGAACGGCGCAAUUUGGCACAGCGGCUCUGCGAUGGCUAUGCUGAAGCGCUGAGCGAGGAGCGGGUCUCAAAGUUGCCACACAGCGUGCUCCAUGCGGAUCUCAAUGACACCAACCUGUUGUUCGAGAGCGACGGCUCCGAUGCGCCUGCUUUGGCCGGGAUCCUGGAUUUUGGGGAUUCCAUCUACAGCUGUCGCAUCUUUGAACCCGCCAUCGCGGCAGGAUACUUCAGCCUGUGCCAGGCGGAUCCUGUGAUGGUCUUGCAAGAAGUCCUGCGAGGCUAUUUGGAAAAGGUGCCCUGGGAGAUUGCCGAAGACGAAGUCCUCGCGUACUUCCAUGCGGCGCGCGGCCGCAUUCUGUUGUCCGUGGCUUUUGCUGCAGAGAACAGUCAAUUAGAGCCAGACAAUGAAUACCUGGCGCAUACCUCUGAACCAGGCUGGGCAGUUCUGAUGGCUUUGGACAAUGACCUGGCGAUCCAAGGGCUGCAUGAAGUCGCGCGUGAAGUGGCAGGUAAAAAAGUCAUUGGAUGCAGGUGGAACGGAAAAUGA